AUUGGAGGGCAGAGGAAGAGUGUGUCAGCAACUGUACACUGUGUCAUGACUUUUCAGCACACCAAUACUGUGGUUCUAGCAGCUGUAUUUCUAAUAUUUUGGUAUGUGUGUGCGAGAGAGGUAGUAUGUGAGUUACUGCAUGGAUGCAUGUGUACAGUGCCCAAAGCCUGAAGAUUUUGGAGCCCCCCCACAUACCUAGAGGAAAUGCACCUCCUACAAAUACAGAACAAUGGCUGCUUGUUUGGCCAUGUCUGCAGUUCAGGCCAGCAGCAUUACCAUAAGGGAAAAGGUCUGCUGUCAGCCCUAUAAACCAGACUCAAAGGGUGCCUGUCUCAACUCAACAACAGAGUACCUGUCAGAUGGUUCUAACCUGUGCUGCAAGAAAUGCCACCCUGGGGAGCGACAGAAAGAAGAAUGUUUGAAAACUACUGAGACUGUGUGUGAACAAUGUCCACCAGGCCAGUACAUGGAGAGCAUGAACUACUCUCCAAACUGCUUCACCUGUGCCAAAUGCAAAUCAAGCAAAGGUCUGCAGUAUAGCCAGAACUGCUCCCAUACCACAAGGUCCAGGUGUGUGUGCAAGCCUGGGAUGUACUGCAUCAUGGAAUUUGAUGACCCAUACUGUGCAGAAUGUAGCAAGUACAAGCUAUGCAAAGCUGGUUAUGGAGUGACUCUGCCAGGCACGGCAAACUCAGAUGUGAAGUGUGAACGGUGCCCCGAUGGGACAUUCUCUAAUACAGUCUCCUACAUGGACCCCUGUCUGCCUCAUACAAACUGUCAUGGGAGGGUUGUUGCUAGGAAAGGCAACGCUACCUCAGACACCGUGUGUGGACCUGCAGAGUUUCGGUCCAGAAAACCGCCUCAAACCUCAACAAAAGAGCCUCACAAUGAGACAAUGAUGAGCACAGUCUUAGCAACCUCAGACUCUAAGGCUCCACGUGGACCGACAGGCCCCACACCGUCUAUCAGCCAUCUGCCAUCUGUUUCAGAGGCAGUAUUCAACCAUUCAACAAGAAGCCCUCCAUCAAGCCUAGUAUCUGACAGUAAACUGGCUGCAGCCAUUGCCAGUGUCAGUGGAUUAAUAAUUCUCCUUUGCAUCGCCAUCAUUCUGCUGUACCUUUGUAAACCAAGGUGGAAGAAAGAUCCUGCAGGAUUUCAUCCUAAAGUAGAUGCAAAUGGAAAUGUUGACAGUGGUGAUAAAAUCAAUCAGGGUUAUUUGGGUGAAACCAAGUUGACUUCAUUCACAGUUACGCCAGCAGAGCAUCAAUGUCUGCUGGAGAAAGGGGAAGCCUGCAGUGACCAGAGUCAGUAUAGUAACAAUACUGAAACUUUAACCAGAACAGACGGCUUCAACAGCCACGACUCCAUCGGCCCUUUGCAAUCCACCAUAGCUCUUGACAAUACACACUCUGCUCUAUCGGAGCCCAUGACUUUACGUUCCAACACAGAGCCUGUCACUCCCCAGUCCAGCGUCCCCACACAGUCCUCUCAGCCCACCAGCCCACAGAUCAUCAGCCCUGUGAACACCAGCCCCCACGUCAACGUCAACAUCACUUUCCACAUAGGAAACGGGACACAGUCUGUCCUGCCCACAGACAUGAUGCAGGUAGACUCUAACCUCCGCUUUGGUGAGGAAGAGGAGUCCUUUAGCAUCCCACAGCAAGAAGCCGGCAAACAAUCACUGAUGUCAGUGCAGGAGAGUGCAAGUUACAGUGUAUGAAGAGUCACCUGCAUGACAACACUGACAAAUCCAUUUGUUUUUGCUUCGUGUCGUACAACACUGAAAACAAUCUGACUGGUUACAAGAUGCACUUGUAGUUAAAGGCAUAUUUUUACGAGGACAACAAGAAAAGACUUAAAUCUUUAUUCUCUUUCCAUAUCAAAGUCAUCAACUGCCACUUUGUGUGUUUAUAUGUAUAUACAAUAUGCUGUAAAUAAAUGUGAAUAUUCUCUUUCCUUCA